AUCAAAACAGAGGACAAAGUUAGUCAGCAAGUUGCAUAGCUUUUUCGCAUUCAGAUUCCUCAAGCCUCUUUUGUAUGACAUUUGACAAUGUUUUUCACUGCACUGGACCUGACCGGUCUGCUGGAGGUCCAUGGAGGGACCUAGUUAGGAAGGCAUAGAUAAUCACUCGAGGCAGUGCUGGAGACCACCUUGUUAACAAGGUCUACAGCUGCAAACCGUAUACAUUCCUGGAGGACAUGAGGUCGCACCUAUGUUUCGGAGUCCUAUACAGUAGAUUCCAAAAGAGCAUGAAUGUCACACCCACGUCUUAGAAAAGCUGAAGAAAAGUGUGUGCAGUAACCGGAGCGGCCCGCAGGGACCUUUCAGAACAUCUUAUUCAUUACAGGGCGAAGAAAUAAAGAUGGAGUCUGACAGUGAAGAGAAUCGAAGUGAAACAUGUGAUAGUGCAAUUCUGCCUGACUGCAUUGCUGAGGCUCCCAGUUUGCAUCUCGGAGCGGGUAAAAAGCGAGCAGCUGUGGACGGAGCCCGUGGGGCGCCAGUCAACAAGAGGAAAUCGCUCCUGAUGAAGCCCCGGCACUACAGUCCCAGCUCCUGCCCCAGUGAGGGGGAUGACGAGGAGGACCUGGCAAGCGCUCUGGACAAAGACGUGCCCAGGAACACUGACACUCCAGCAGAUGUCUCUUUUACCUGUAUCUCUGAUGAGGACCUCAAUGGUGAUGAUGUCCUGGAAAACACUAUCUAUCACAAUGCAAAGUCACACCCCUUAUUGUCAUGGUCGGAACAAACGAGCGAGGGUUCACCAGACCUGGUGGCUCAAAUGUCUGAACACCAAAACAAGCAAGAGGAGGAAGAGAGCUUAGAUUUUGAAGACAAAAACCAGGAGGACAUCAGAGUCGGUUAUCCCCUGUCCCCAGACCAAGAAUUAGAUGAUGAAGAAUGGAGCAGUCCUCGAUCCUUGACGAAGGUCAAUGGCAUCCAUCAUAGCCCCAGUUCACCUACAGACGAUGCCCUUAUAAAGAGACUUCAAUUAGGGCACCAACUCCACGAAGAUGCCCUUUCUGCAUACAGAAACAGAAACAAUGCAGGGUCUAUGAUGGAGGAGUUUGGUUGUCCAAGGGAGUUCAGUGAUAGUGAGGAGGAGCUCCAGAUGUGCAGGAUAGAGGAGCGAGGAGGUGUUUGGGGUCCAGGUCUGGUGACAAGUCGUUUGGAACUGGACAGGGCCAGACUAAACCUCAGUCUUCUAGAACAGGCCAUGAUGCUGCAGUCUGAACAUAGACAGGUCUUCCACAGUGCCUACAAAGACAUGGACCGCUUUCUUCUGGAGCAGAUAAACCAUGAAAGAAGGCAGCAAAGGAUACUGGAGAUAGACACCAGGACCAUGUACCACAGCAGCAAAGACUCUCCUCGGACAGAAAAGAAAGACAUCAAAUGUCCGACCCCGGGCUGUGAUGGGACGGGUCAUGUGACAGGUCUCUACCCACAUCACCGGAGUCUAUCAGGAUGUCCUCACAAAGUCAGAGUGCCCCCAGAGAUACUUGCCAUGCACGAAAAUGUUCUGAAGUGCCCGACCCCUGGCUGUACGGGAAGAGGCCAUGUCAAUAGUAACCGAAGCACGCACAGAAGUCUCUCUGGCUGCCCAAUAGCUGCUGCAGAAAAGAUCUCCAAACCGCAAGAGGAUCCCACAAAAUGCAGAGAGACAGCAGAGAGAAUGGCUAGACCUUUAGGAAAUUUGAAGAAAUUUGACUUCACCUACAGAUUUGCACAUCCCAUGGCAGCGUUACAGGCCAGUAUGGCCAAAGACAUGGACAAGUACAGCAAAGGCCAUUUCGACUAUGCCAGUUUUGACGCCCAGGUCUUUGGCAAACAAGCCCAGAUGGCAUCCGACCAGAACCACAAAUCUUUACAUUUUCCUGACUCCUCUGCUCAGUUCCCCUGUUUUCUGGGUCCUGGUGGUCAUUUAGUCAUGGCCGGAGACUACAGCCCUAAUCGCCAUAAACCCCAAAGCAACACCCUCCAGUCCAACAUUGCAUCUGCAGCCAUCCUCAACCUCUCCACUCGUUGCCGAGACAACAGCAAGGCCCUGCCCCCCGCUCGGCCCCUGGCAUCAUCCACAAAGGACACCCUCAUUGAGGUAGAUGAGAACGGAACACUGGAUUUAAGCAUGAAAAAGAAGAGAGAGAAAGCACGGGACUCUCCUGUGAUGCCAGCAUUAGGAGAUGCUCUUUUUACCUCACCUGAACCUUCGCUAGCCAAAGCAGCAGGUAUCCAGAUCUCUCCGGCCAUCUAUCGUGUCCUCUAUGAACAGGACGCCUGGGGCACACCAUUAAAUUACAGCAAAACACCCGUCCAACAAGACAAAGAGGUGGGUCCAUUGGAGAAGGCAUCACUCGAGGACAAAGCGUACAACGGGGAUGCGAACAUUACAAAAAACAAGAUGCUCAUAAGAGAUGCCAAGAAAGAGCUAAUGAGUUGUCCGACUCCGGGUUGUGACGGUAGUGGUCAUGUGACAGGGAAUUAUGCAUCACAUAGAAGUGUGUCUGGGUGCCCACUGGCUGAUAAGACCCUGAAGUCUCUAAUGGCUGCCAAUUCUCAAGAACUAAAGUGCCCAACUCCUGGCUGUGAUGGCUCAGGUCAUGUAACAGGAAACUAUGCGUCUCAUCGAAGUCUGUCAGGCUGCCCUCGUGCCAGGAAAGGAGGCUUGAAGCUCACGCCAAGCAAGGAGGACAAAGAAGAGCCAGAGAUGAAGUGCCCAGUCGCAGGUUGUGAUGGACAGGGCCACGUGUCAGGCAAAUACACAUCGCAUCGAAGUGCAGGAAGCUGCCCCAUCGCCACCAAGCGGCAGAAGGAGAGUUCCAUGAACGAAUCGGCCUUCUCCUGGAAGGUCUGUAAGCAGGAUCUGCCACAUUGCCCCCUGCCUGGCUGCAAUGGGUUGGGUCAUGCCAACAAUGUCUUCAUUACUCACAGGAGUUUGUCAGGAUGUCCCUUAAAUGCCCAGAGUAUUAAGAAAAAACUCUCAGAUGAAGAGAUGAUGACCAUCAAACUGAAAACCAGCAGUGGUAUUGAAAACAAUGAAGACAUGCAGCAUUUGGAUGACGAAAUAAAAGAACUAAAUGAAUCAAAUCUAAAGAUAGAAGCAGACAUGAUGCAGCUUCAAACACAGAUCUCAUCCAUGGAGUGCAAUUUGAAGACUAUAGAGGAAGAGAAUAAAAUAAUCGAACAGCACAACGACAGUCUGUUGAAGGAGUUAGCGCGUCUUAGUCAAGCACUUAUCAACAGUCUCACAGAUAUACAGCUGCCACAAAUGGGUCCGAUUAAUGAACAGAAUUUCGAAGCUUAUGUGAAUACAUUGACGGAUAUGUACAACAAUUCCGAGCACGAGUAUUCUCCGGAAUGCAAAGCCUUAUUGGACAGCAUCAGAAAAGCCAUAAAGGGUAUUCAUGUAUAAGGCCAAACACUCUCUUUCCAAACAGUUUGAUCAUCUGUGGAGGGCUGGCAUUGUGAUCUGUGCAAGAAAUGUCUCGUUUGAAAAAACAAAACAAAAAACAAAACAAAGAAUAUCUCCGUUCCAUGACAAAUUCAUUGCACUGAAAAAUACCAGCCACAUUUUUCUAAAGCUAAAUGUUUUCACUUGAUAUGUUCUUUUAAGUGAGAUUUUACCUCCUUUUGCACUUAUUUAUUUCCUAUGGUUUGCUUGACUUAAUUUCGUAUUUGUUCUUUUUGUGUAUUAUUAUAGUAUUGCUACAUAUUAUCUUUAUUCAUCGGUACUAUUUAUCGCACAUAAUCUUAUUUAUUUAUUUAUUUAUUUAUUGAAAUCAUAAUUAUUGCAUUUUUUUGCUGCAACUCCAAAAUGCAAGGCCAAUCUUACAUAUUGUAAAUUUGAUUUCGAGUUUAUUUGCAUUUGUUGUUCAAUAACUGAGAGUUUUAAUUGUUCAAAAUAUUUCACAUGCAUUUGUGAUGACUUUUUAUGAAGAACUGAUGUCAAAUGUAAGAAUUGUCCACUUGCUCCACCUGUUGGUGAGCAUCUGUUAUUGGUCUAUAAGAGCAGUGUACACCUAAGUUAUUUUUAAUGUAUUUAUUUUUAAAUGUGUCGUAAACCACUAAUUAAUUCACACAUGAAAUAAUUUGUUUUGAAUCAUACAUUUGUGUUCUAAUUGCUGAUCAAAAGAAAAAUAUUUUAUCUGAACUCUCCAAACGACUGUACAGUGACACUUGACUAGAGCAAAAAUCACAUCAUCAGCAUUAGGCUACAGGAAAAAAAAAGAAAGAAAAAAAAAUCAUGAUACUUUAUUACCUUUUCUGUUCAUAUGAACUGCCUUUGGUGUGCACAUCCGUGUGUGCAUAUAUGUGCCUAAAUGUAAAUGAGUACAUGGAAUAUGAUAUGUUUUGUGGUAGAGCAGUAUUACGUGAAUGGUGAUUCAUUUUACUCUGCAGUCUAUUUAUUUUCUAAAUGAAAAUCAGCCUCUAACUCUGUUUACCUACUGUUUAUACACCAUUUGAAGUAUGUAACGAUAUUCUUGUAAAAAUAGGGGGUCAUUGUUUUGUGAUCAGGUACAAUAAGGGUUUUAUUCUUUUCAUUAGCCUUAUAGGCUUCAGAACUCCUCAACCUUUGUGAGACAAACAAUGUGCUCUAAAAUGUCAAACAUUCCUGGAAAUACCUUCACGUUCAUUUCGUUUUAUGAAUUGUAUUUUUUUCAGCUGUUUCUCAAAGCACUUCACUUUUUAUUCAAUGUUAUCAGUGAUAGCGUAUGAUUUAUAUUACACUACCGUUUACACCCAAUCUGCACUGCAAGCGAGUGACGCGACGCCACGAACUACAUCGCUCCCAUAGAGAAGCGCCAUAUUUGAUUUUUGGCGGGAAUGUAAACGAGGCUAAUUGUCAUUCUAAUUUUCACAACUCUCUUUCUGGAGAUUUUGGCUACUAAAAUUAGUAUGGGAAUAUGUUUUUUUUAUUUUUUUAUUUUUUUUUGUUUGUUUUUUUCUCAGUGUUGCAACAUCUGAAUGGUCAACACCACUUUAAAGAACAGUUGUAGCUACAACAUUGAAGAGACUCUCUAUCCAUUGCACUAACGUGCACAGAACGGGGGCAGCAGGGGCACAAGCCCCUGCCCCUUUCCUUCACAAAUGUAAAGAUGCCCUUUUGGUCAUCCAGAAAAGGUGAGAAGUUGUAAUAAUUAAAUUAAAAAUUAAAAAUUUGUCAUAAUCUCACAAUAACAAUAAUAAUGUGUUAUUAUGAUAUUUCUUUGUAAUUCGCGGGUGUAUUAAAAACAAAUUAAGUGGAGGUGCCUUUAAGAGUGCGCACUACAGCAGAUCGGGGGCGGAUUCCAAUUGAAAGUGAUCCUCCCUAUACCCUAUACUCACUCCGAACUGCAGAGCCCUUAAAGUGGGUACUCUGGAGGGAACAUGGCAUUACUCUAUGAAUGUACCCUUCGCUAACAGUCUUGUGGAAGGGCCCUCCAAGAAAAGAUUCAUUUUCUCACUUUUAUUUUGAACGAGCUUUUGAGUGGCAUCCCCUCCCACAGGAGUGCCCUUCAAGGAAGCAAAAAAUGCAGUUUUGAAUUUGCCCCAGAACAUUGAAGUGCCAUUACCUCAGAUGAGUAACAGGUCAGAUAAAAAGUACACUCCAUGUAUUGUGUUGCAAGUUCAUCAAAAGAAUAAUGCUCGAUUGCUACUGCAUUUUAGAUAUUGCGUACUACUAGUGUAGACAGAUUUAUUAAUUAUAAUGGGAGCGGUUGCAUCACUUUCAGUCAUAUAAAUUAAAUUAGUCUUUUAUAGAAUAUUGACAUAAACUGAAGGAGCUGUCUGGUUCAGCCAAAGCCAGUUUGGUUUUGUAGAAACUAAUAAGCCAUUAGACUAAUCACUUUCAGAAAAAUACCAUUAGGCUACCACAGUACCGCAGCUCCCUAUACGCAUAUUACACGGUCUGCGUAGGGCACCUGCUCCCUAGGGGGGCACCAUCAUACCCUAGGGGGGCACCAGAAACUCCACCGGCUGCCCUUACUCGCAUGUUAUACGUUAUUCAAGGCCCCUGUAUCAUUCAUGGAACAAAGUCGAUCUCUUCGAGUCCUCGCGUUAGCACUUUUUCAUUGCGCCUUCGCAUCGUGCACCACAUUACCAGGGUAAUGCCAUGGUACUGAAUGAUACCAUAUUCAUAUUUUAUGAUACUGUCAUGAUACUCCAAGGUACUUUAAAAAACACCAUGUUUUUACUAUGGCACAUGUCAUAAACAUGGGGUUAUCACAGGACAUGUCUGACAAAAAUAAAUAAACAAGAGUAUUACCAUGGUGCUUUUUGUGAAUAAUAUAGCAGAAUAGGCUAUUAUUUGUGAUGGAAAAUAAAAAUGGGAAAAAUUAUGUACAGUAUAUACUGUAUAUACAAGAAAAUGGUUAAAUACUCAAAAAGCAAAGAAAUUAGUGAAGUAUUUAUAAUUACUACUCAUUUAAAAAAAUAAAAUAAAAAAAAUAAUUAAAAAAAAAUCAGUGCCCUUUUUUAUCCUUCCGCCCUUGUCCCUGCUAAGGUGUGUGAACGUCACUGAUCCACUGCAGCAGCGAUUUAAUUCCCGCCAAAAAUUAAAAAUGGCGCUACUCUGACAAAGGUCUUUUCUAAUCAGCGGUGUUGUCUAUACUGUAAUUGUGAAUCGAAAUUGCUUUGAUAUCAUAUUUCUUAACGUAAUGCCAUUUUAAUUUAAUGUUAAUAUUACAGUGGUGGCUAACACCAAGUUACCAGUUUUCUGUAAAAACAAUAACUGAAGUAAAUACAUCACAAGUGAGGAAGAUUUACAAAUAUAAACCAGCAAAAUAACUUUAAUCGCAACCUGCUACAAUCCAUAAUGACUAAAUCUGAGAGUAGUUUUUAAAUGCUUGAGCCGUGGCAUCCCAGACGAUCUGAGUGUUGUUACUGGAGGCAUUUGUUAUCUUAUUACCAAUGGCCUCAUAGUUGCAGCACUUUUAAUAAUUUAUCUAAAAAAUGAGCGUGUACUGUACCCCUUUGCACUUUUUUUCUGUUAUUAAUGUUUAUAGCAGAACAGGCUAUAGGUAUACUUCAUCCAUUAUAAUUUUUUUCCUGAUCAGUACAGAUUAUCAUGUUUCUUCCUGAAGGAGUCUUACAUAGUUUUACAUUGUUUACUGAUGAUGUCUAAACUUCAAGCAAAUUUACAGAUUAUUCAAAAGGAAUAAAAUCACUAUAUUAUCUGACCAAAUGAGCAUAAUGAAUUGUAUUCUUAAUAAAUGUAAUCAAAUAUUUUUUGUCAACAUCCGAAAUUAUGGUAUAAUUAAUUGUGUUAAAUUAUUUGUAAUUCCCUAAUUUUUAAUUUGUAAACCACAGAUUGUUUGCUCAGGAAGUUUUGUGAGGAAUAUUUAUUUUUUCCUUUUUGAAUUUGAUGUUUUGUAAUGUGAUAUGAAUUUUUUUUGUUUGUGAAAAAGAAAAAUAGUGUAAAACACGGUACUGUUAACGAUUUAGGUUGUUUUUGUUUUAAAAAUUAUUCUUUUUUUUUUCAGUUCAAGUAGUUUGUAUAUCGGGAUUUCCUUACACUUUUAAAAUUUCAUAAGCAGUACUGCGCUGUGUUGUACAGUUUGUGUAUGGUAGAAAUAAACUAUUGAA